CUAAAGACCCACCCACUCCUCCCCUCCUGUAUGUAUAUACUUAGACGAGAUAAUAGAGCAAAGAAACAGAAUCCCAAACAAAAAUCUAUUAGAGCAACCAAGAAGCAAAUACAAAGUAACGAACAGGGCAUUGAUGCCUAAUAUUAACUUCAUGAUCUCCCUUCGAACGCAAUGUUAUCGAAGACAACCGAGAAUGAGUUGCAGAAACAAUUACUUACUCCAAACUAUAUUCGUUGGUGUAUUCGUUCUAGUGUCAUUGUAUUUGCUUUACAAGGGGGAAAGUGUUCAACACGAUGACUUCUUGUUGGUGAACCAUGAAGAUAAUGAUCCCCCCAAAGCUAAUAAUUACCCGGUAGUUAAUUUAAAGUGUUUAAACGACUCUGCAGCAAUUACAGACACAGGACUCGUUCAUCGAAAGAGAAACAACUAUAACCACAGAAUUUACCUUGCCGUAGUCUGUUGCGGCGAUAGGUCUGAGGAAACGUUGGUAAUGUUGAAAUCCGCUGUCUUAAACACGCAAAGAAAACUACAUUUUCAUAUAUUUGCAGAAGAAGAAUUGAAGCCAGGACUAGCAAAAUCGCUCAAGUCCUGGCCAACUGAUUUCCAAGCAAAAAUAGAAUUCACUCUUCACUCGAUUCAGUUUCCAAAUAAUGAGAAUCCUGAAGAAUGGAAGAGUUUGUUCAGAACCUGUGCAACUCAGAGGCUCUUUAUACCUGAUGUCCUGACCGAUGUUGAUUCACUAUUGUACGUGGAUACCGACACCCUUUUCAUACGACCACCAGAGUCCCUUUGGUCAUUCUUUAACGAAUUCAACGCGACACAUCUAGCUGCUCUAGCGCCUGAAGAUGAGAUCGCAGAAGUGGGCUGGUACGACCGCUUCGCAAGGCAUCCAUAUUACGGCUUAGCCGGUCUGAAUUCGGGAGUUUUGCUCAUGAAUCUAACGAGAAUGCGUUCAUUUGGAUGGACGGAGAAAAUUGUGCCUUUAUAUCAUGAAUAUAAACAAAAAAUUCCAUGGGGCGAUCAAGAUCUACUUAAUAUUUUAUUUUAUUAUCAUCCAGAUCGUGUAUUUAUUUUUCCUUGCGAGUGGAAUUUUCGUCCAAAUCACUGUAUAUGGUUUAAAUCUUGCUUUCGGACCAACAUUCAGGGCGUGUCCAUAAUCCAUGGUAGCCAUAAAGUGUUUCAUAGUGAUAAAAACUGGCCAUUCAGGAUCGUUUACGAAGCUUUUUUAAAGUAUAAACUUGGAUUAACUCCUGAAACUCACUUAGUUCAAAAUUUGCAACGCAAAUUAUCUAAACUGAAGUCUUCAGAUCUGUUCUGUGGUAAAACCUUACUUCAGCCGGUGAUAACAACACUUAACAGCGUGCAAAGAUAACAACAAACAAUUUUAUAACGUAUUGUAGGCCUAUUUUUAAAAUUGAAAAUGUGAAAUCUUUUGCUGCUGUUUCCACCACAUGCCUAUUAUUAUCUUAACAGCAAUACUUUGCAUAGUCAAAAGAUAGCAUUGGAGAAAGUUUUUUUUUUGUUUUUUGUUUUUUGUUUUUUUUUUGUUUCAUUUGCAAGUUUCCUAACGAUGUUUGUUGAGUUUAUUUGAUACCUUAAUAAAGAAAUGUUGAAAUCAUGAUGUUCGUGCAUGGAGGUAUAAUUUGUUUUAGGCUCUUCACGAUAAAUGAGGCUAAUUAAGAUCCAAUCCAGUGUCCAUCUGAUGCACAAACCGUCACAAUAAAUUACAG